CCUCGAGCUUUUUCGAAGCAAGCCAAAACGGUCGCAGCAAAACGCGUAACGACGGGGACGUUCCCUAAAAUUUCGGAACCAUCAUCCAUUAUCUCUAUUAUCCAACGUUGUUUCGCAAUCCUACCGUGGGCUGCGGGUAAGCGCGCCGUAAAGCAGCGGUGCAAAGGUGAAGAGACUGCCGGAAGCACAUCAACAUCACGCUGCAGUCGAGAGCGCGUCUUGGAAAGCAAUUCAGGGAGAGAAAGAUGGAUGCAUCACGGUUCGGCCGCACAACAGCAGCAGCAGCUGCCGACGACGACCACCGUACCCGUGUGUGUGUUGCGUGAAAUGAAAUUCGAGUGUUGUGUGCUGCCGCGCUCUGUAUGCCAGCCAGUUCGGUCGUCCCGGAAUGAACGAAGUGAAUGCAAAAUAAAAGCAAUAUUGUGACAACGUCGUGUCGUUCGGUAUUGCGACAGUGGUGCCCCAGAACAAGCCAAUAUACCAAAUGCGCGUGUGUUUCUCCGUGUUUACUGUUUCGUCGUGUGUUCGUCCGGUACUAGCAGAAGAGCGUGUUGGUGCGCUGUAACCAUCUUAUCAUCUAGUCAGUGAAAAAAGGCCUGGAAAUUCGAAGCUGCCCCGGCGUUUGUUUACGUUACGACGGGCCCCCAGCAACGUUUGCAUUGGGUUUUCCUUGCCCAUUGAUUCCCUCGCGGAACCAGCUUGCAGUAGCAUUUUGAAAGGUGACAAGCCCGAAAGUGGGGGGUGCGCAUUGCCGUAUCCAAAUUUGAGCAGACCGUUCGCGUAAAACGGCCCAUCCGCGGAGCAUCCGGUUACGCUGCCCGUUCGCACUUGUCCGUGUGGGCAGCCGAGGCUGUAGGAGCGCCACCGCUGCUACGCCAAGAAGAAGCUUCAGUUCCACGUCCAGGAACUCGUGCUGCGGGUUCGCCCUACAGGGUCCAAAAAUAGACCCACACAGCAACCCAAGGGGUAACAAGGGAACGUAAACAGUGCGCGAACAGAACACGGCGCGUUGCUUUCCUUUUCCCCUGCUGGAAAAGUGCCGUGUGUUUUUGAAAAAGCGCCCAAGGGUGUACAUUUGGGUGAACAGGCAAAGAAAAAAAGAAAAAAAAAACAACAAAGAACACAAGGUAAAGCAAAAAUACGACCCUCCGCGUCGCGAGUCUGAUUCAAAUCGCUUCCCGGGACGAUUACGGAGUUUCCGAUUUCCCCCUUUUUUGGUUGGUUCGGAGGGGAACGGUGCAGAAAAGCCACCUUAUUGUGCGUAUGUGUUUGUGUGUGUGUGUCCCACGGUGUUAUAGGUGUGCGCGCAUGGUGGCUCUAGUUGCGCUAUCAAUUAUCAUUGCCGAUCCAUGCGCACCGGCGCAUCGAAAAGUGUCUACCGGGCAGUAAAUGUGAUCCUCGCUUUUCGUCCCCCCUCCCAGUGGUGGGUUUAUGUAUGUGUGUUUGGCGAAGAAGAAGAAGAAGAAGUGAGAAAGAAAACACAAAAAGCGAAGAAUCCCAUCAUUGCACGUGCGACCUGUGGGUCCUAGCGCGAUUGAGCGAGAUAGACGGCGCAGAGCGAACGAGAGAGAGCACACCCUUAUGCUCCGUAGCAUAGCAGCAGCAGCACCCCUAGAGUGUAGCACCGGUGGUGCGUACCCUAUUGCGUGUGUUGCCUAGGUGAGUGGCAGGCAGGCUGUGCACGAGAAGAAAAGGAAAGCCAAAAAAAGCAAGUACGGAAGGGGCGCCGCCACACAACCCAAUCCUCGCCGCUUGAGAGCAUAAAAGGAAGUGACGAAGGGAGCUGUUGGUGGUGAAGAGAGGAGGACCGGUGCGGGAACAAAACAUCUGCCGUGGAAAUAAUUAUUAAACACACGGGCCAAACAGUACGACGGCAUAUGCUGCUGGCUUGAUUGUCUUCUCCCUCUCGUGGUGUGGUGCGGAAGAGAAGAGAACAGGAUACACACACGAUCAGAGAGAAAGAGAAAAAAGGACACUCGCACACCAACACGUGCAGCAACACCUUAGUGCGAGGGAGAACGAAGACUCGACGGUGUGUCCUUAAGCGCCAUCCCGUGCCGGAGUCGGUCGGAAGUGGGAUCUAUCUGUUUGUGUGUGAGGUCGGACCCUCUCUCAUCCAUAUCCUCAUAUUAUCCUAGGAUCAAUUUACGUCUGUGUGUGUGCGUGUGUGUUUAUGUAUUAGGGAGUACAAAUCUGUCUCUGCUGUGUCUGUGUGUUGAGGAGAGUUGAUUGAACUUUUGCAUACACUCCACGAAAAAGGACAUCCUCUAAAAGCAGAGCGACGGAUCGAGCGAUGUCAGCAACGAUGGACACAUCGGACGAUGAUAAUUCCGAGCAUUCGCAGGGAGAGAAAGGAUCGAGCAAAUCGCGCUGGACAAAGCAUGAGGAUGCCGCCCUCAAACAGCUGGUAGAGCAGUACGGCGAGCGGUGGGACAUCAUCUCGAAGCUGCUGAAGGAUCGUACCGACGUGCAGUGUCAGCAGCGCUGGACGAAGGUGGUGAAUCCGGAUCUUAUCAAGGGACCCUGGACGAAGGAGGAGGACGACAAGGUGGUCGCACUGGUUGCCAAGUAUGGGCCAAAAAAGUGGACCCUGAUCGCGCGGCACCUGCGCGGGCGCAUCGGCAAACAGUGCCGCGAGCGAUGGCACAACCAUCUCAACCCGAACAUCAAAAAGUCCGCCUGGACGGACGAGGAAGACCAGCUGAUCUACGAGGCGCACAAGCAGUACGGCAACCAGUGGGCCAAGAUCGCCAAGCUGCUGCCCGGCCGGACGGACAAUGCGAUCAAAAACCACUGGAACUCGACGAUGCGCCGCAAGUACGAGGGCCCGGAAGCGGCCCGCCGGCGGGUGAAGAUGGUCGGUACGCCGAACCAGCCACCGAACCACCAUCCCCAUCCCCAGCUGCAGCACCACGACUAUCAGCAGCAGCAGCCCGGGGCGGGCGAUGGCGAACAGAAAUCGAAAGCACCGCGCUAUCCGCCGAACGAAAGCUUGCAGAACAUUAUACGCAACAAUCGCAAGAAGCCGUCGCUGGACGAGAACCAGUUCCGGGACGAGAUACCGCUCGAGGAGGGUCACGUCGCGGGCAAGGUGGCCGUAUCGACGGAGCAGGGUGAUUUCCUCAUCAUUCCGCUGCCGGAUCGCGAGAAGCAGUACGUGAUCGAGCCGGUCUAUCCGACGCGCAUCAACGCGAAGCUGUUCGGGGACGGUAAUGCGGCGCACAAUAACAAUAACAACAAUGUAAGCGAAGGGCAGGCAGCGGCCGUGGCCGGCUAUCAUCCGCUGGCGAUCUCGGGCCAACAGUUUCUUCCCGCCAAUGUGGAUCUGCACGAGCUGAUCAAUGCGACACGGCUGGACGAUAGCGUUGCGUCGGAACAGUCGAUGACGGAGCGCAAGACGACGCGCAACACUACGCCGAACAUUCUGCGGCGAAAGCGAAAGCUUAAGGAUGAUCAAGAGCUGGCGCACUAUAACGACCAGCAGCAGCACCAGCAACAGGGGGCGGUUGGGAAUGCAGGCGCCGGUCAGGGCAAUCAUGCGCACGCAGGCCAGGACGGUAAUGCGCGCGGCGGUACGGACAAAAUGCACCUCAUGUCACCGUCCAUUACCCCCAUCAAACCGUUGCCGUUCUCUCCGAGCCAAUUCCUGAACUCUCCCAGCCUGAACGUGUCCUUCGAUCAGCUUCCCGCCAGUACGCCCGUCAAACGAGCGGCAGUUAAAAACGACACUAGUCUAUUAAGCACGCCAGUUCCAGCGAAGGAUGUGUCGAUCAAGAUGGAAGCGAAGAAGGAUCAGGAGAAGGCAGCUGAAAAUGAAGAGGAUGGCAAAACGAAAACACCGCUAAAGGAGAGCGGCAAACCUGUGCCGAUCGAACCGCGCACGCCGACACCGUUCAAGAACGCAAUGGCCGAGCUGGGAAAGAGACGUUCCGAGAUCUACAUCCCACCGAGUCCGGCACGUAUCGGCGAGGACAUUGCGGAGAUCAUGAACCAAGAGCAGGCAAGCGAAACUUCCUCCACGCUGGCAAGUGGCAGCGACACAUCGGCCGGCAACAAAACGGUCAUCAGCAACAAUGGCAGUGGCACGCAAACGACCGAUUCGAAGGAAAACACGCUUCCCGCGCGAAGCGGACAGGUGUCGCCGCGCAUGAACAAGAAGGCGUCCUCUUCCUCCGUCUUUUCGCAGCAGUGGGAAAACUCAGACAUGAGCUUCUUUGCGGAAACGCCGAGCAAGUCGCUUAUCUCGGACUCGGGUGUGACGCUGUCGCCCUCGUUGCGCGAUCCGUUGCGUGAAGCAGAGCUCCUGCUCGACGGUAACGAGGGUGGCAAGGAAUCAUCGGCCAACAAGUCCACCGUCAAGUCACCGGUGCCCGUCGACCCGAAAUGGGAAAAGUUUGCGUGCGGCAAGACGCGCGAUCACAUGAUCGUUUCGCAGCAAGCACACAGCUGCCUGAAAAAGACAUCGCUCCAGCCACGAUCGUUGAAUUUCUACAAGUAGAUGACGAUUGACACACACACACACGUGUGCGUGGUGGUUGCUGAUGUCCCCCUUUUUUGUGCAAAAGCAAUCGAUUUGAAAUGGGUAGAAUCGUUGCUCUUUAAACCUUAAGUUAAGUGUUAGGACAGCGGUACAGCAGCGUGUGCACCGUGCGCGUGGUUAAUGUUAAGAAACGAUUCUUCCCCCCGCGAGGUCGUAUUCUUCUGGUGGUUAGUUUAGACGGGGGAAUUGGGGAAAAGGGACACACAGAGCGGGGCACGCACGCGUUGCUCUCUUACCUAAACUCCGCAAGAGGAGAGUUUAUGGUAGAGGGCAUCUAAAGUAGGAAGUAAGCGUUUUGAAACUAACCAAAAACCUCACCCUUAUCUAAUAAGAAGCUAACUACUAACAAGCUCUUUUUACUGUACAGCGAACAAGUUCGUACAAGGAAAGAUAGUACACACACACAUACACACAAACAAAGGUACCAUCAUACAGUCAAGCAUUAGGAAAGCGUAGUAGUAGUAGUAGUACACAUUUUACGAUGGCAUAUAUUUUGAACGAUGGAUAGGUAUAUAUUUUUUGCUUCUUAAAGAUUCCUUAAAUGCGCUACAACGAAGCAGCGAGAAGCUUUUACAUGUUGUCCCCCCGUUUUUGAUACAGUUUUUUGACACACCGGAUUUACAACUUUUGUCCCCCUUUUUUCCUCAAAAUUAAUUUAACAUAGGUAUACAAUACACCGCUUUUGUUAUGACUUUUAUAUUUGUAAAAUCCUUUUUGCGCGUUAUUUUUGGCCAGGACAAUUUUGGAUGACUUUUUUUUUUUGGAAAGACGACGAUACAGAACACAUUGACGAUAGGAGCAAACGUUUAUUAUUUUAUUAUUUUUAUUAUUUGCUCACAAAAGAAGGAAGGGAUACGUUUUGUUCGACAGGAAUUAUAUUGUAAAAAUUCAGAAGAAAAAACCAUCAUACUGUACAUUGUUAGCCAGUCAGUGCGCGUGCAGGGGUUCCUUUUUUUCGAGCCAUGUAGGGCAAAAUUUUGAGGACACAGUAAUAGAGCAGAUUGUAAACGUAAACACUAUUUUAGAACCGUCGAAAGGUAUAGUAUUGUGUAAGCUCGGAGGAAAAAACAGAUAUUUUGAAUAAAGUACUUCUUUGUAUUUGCCCUCAAAGUACA